AUGACGGCAUGCUCCAGCAUGGGCUCAGUGAUUCAGUUACUGAAUGCAAGACUCCAUCUAAGAAUAUCUGAAGAAGGAAUUGUAAUUCCGAAAUAUCAUCAGACUAUAGAUAACCAAAUUACAACAGCACCUUUGAUAUGGAGGAAGAUAACAGCUGAGAAAUUAGACUGCGAUUAUCUGUUGUUGUACAGUAAAUCUGAGGCUGAUAAACUGCUUCGAGAAUGUGAAGAGACUUUAAACUACAACUCGGGUCGUUUAGCUCAGGUCCAAGUUUUUGGGAAAUGGCAUGACAUCCCACGGAAACAGAUAAAAGAAAGAAUUACACAAGUCACUGGUCAUUCCUUUAAUUUUGUCCUUAUCAACAGAUACAAGGAUGGAAAUGACCACAUGGGAGAACACAGAGACGAUGAGAAGGAUCUUGUGAGACUCAGUCCUAUAGCAUCGCUGUCCCUUGGCCAAGCUCGUGGUUUUGUGUUCCGUCAUGAAUGUGCUCGUGGCAGCCAGAGCAAGAAAGGGGCACCAAAACUGGACAUUGACCCCAUCAAGAUACAGCUACAGCAUGGAAGUCUUUUAAUGAUGAACUAUCCGACCAAUGUGUAUUGGUACCAUUCACUGCCCCAACGCAAGAGACUUCCGGCUGUCAGAAUCAAUAUGACCUUCAGAGAUAUGGUUAUCAAGUAAAUUUCACUUCUCUCUGUCCUUCUUUAUUGAGAAUAAUUAAUCUCCACAACGUAAAUCUGUACCUGCCGACGCAACAGCGUGCCUCGCGCCGCAAAAACGUGCCCAAAGCCGUAACUUAGCAGUUUGGCAAAAGAGACCUAUAGAAUAAGUACUAGGCUUACAAAGAAUAAGUCCUGGGGUCGAUUUGCUCGACUAAAGGCGGUGCUCCAGCAUGACAAACAAGAGUAAAGAGGAGAAAAAAAUACAUGAUUAUAAACAGUUAUCCUCAUCGGCUCAUCAAACAUAAGGCUUAAAAUUAAUAUUUUAAUAUAUUUUCAGUUUAUUUUAGAGAAGAAAAAAAAAUUAUUGUUUCUGCUGCUGACUGGAAUAAUUUUAUUUAUAAUAUUUUACAUAUUUUCCUGUUAUUGAGUACCAAAGUUUCUCCAUUGCUGAAAGAAAAUGUUCUCACUUAAGA